CCCCUCAAGAGUUGAACCCUGCAGUGUGGUUUACACAUUACAGUACUUGACUGAGCUCUACCACUGCUGUGAGUGGUGUAGGAAUUGAAAAGGGAGGGAAAUCAAAACGUCCAUUCCGUUAAAAACCCUAAAAUUCAUUAAAUUCCAUUUUUAAAAAAUAUUGAACAAUAUAAACCCUGCUAUUGCAAAAUGGUGUGAAUCAGAAUCACUAAGCUAGCUCGUUCAUUUCGUGCACUGAUUCAACUAUCCAAAGUUACUUUCUUUUGCUAUUUGGGUAUAAAGGGGUGCUAGCCAAGUUCCAAGUCUGAACCCUCGCUCAGAGACAGAUAGCUUCUUUCAUGGCGAGGAUGCUUCGCAACGCUUCCAUUAUCAAGCGCACUCUGUUCCUCCCUCAGGGGUUUAAACUAGGAGUAUUGGGCACUUCUCAGGCUCUAAGCUUUUCGUCUAAAGGUAGAAGGCGCUCUAAAUCUGAUGGAAGUAGUGACUCUGGUGAAGAGAGCAUGUCUAAGAAAGAGUUGGCCCUCCAGCAAGCUCUAGAUCAGAUCACUUCUUCAUUUGGAAAGGGAUCUAUCAUGUGGCUUGGCCGCUCUGUCUCACCAAGACAUGUACCUGUAGUCUCAAGUGGUUCUUUUGCUCUUGAUAUAGCACUGGGAAUUGGUGGACUUCCAAAGGGACGUGUUGUGGAAAUAUAUGGUCCAGAGGCUUCUGGGAAAACAACUCUUGCUUUACAUGUGAUUUCAGAGGCACAGAAGCAAGGAGGCUACUGUGUAUUUGUUGAUGCUGAGCAUGCUCUUGAUAAGGCACUUGCAGAAUCCAUUGGUGUGAAUACGGAAAACUUGUUGCUUUCACAACCAGAUUGUGGUGAACAAGCACUUAGUCUUGUGGAUACGUUAAUCCGUAGUGGUUCAGUUGACGUAAUUGUUGUUGACAGUGUGGCUGCUCUUGUUCCUAAAGGGGAGCUUGAUGGUGAAAUGGGGGAUGCACACAUGGCAAUGCAGGCUAGGUUAUCUUGGUCUGUAAGGUCAAAGCUUUCUACUUUUGGUGGAUUCGGUGGGCCCCAGGAAGUUACUUGUGGUGGCAAUGCAUUGAAAUUCUAUGCAUCUGUGCGGCUAAAUAUUAGAAGAAUAGGGUUUGUGAAGAAAGGGGAAGAGAUUUUGGGAAGCCAGGUACUUGUCAAGGUUGUGAAGAACAAGCUUGCCCCUCCAUUUAAAACUGCUGAGUUUGAGCUUCAAUUUGGCAAGGGUAUAAAUAGAGAAUGUGAGAUCAUAGACUUGAGUGUAAAACACAAAAUCAUCCUAAAGGCCGGUGCUAUGUAUUACUUCAAUGAUAAGAAUUUCCGUGGCAGGGAUGCUUUUAAGAGUUUCCUGGCCGAGAAUCAUAGUGCAUUUGAAGAACUUCAAAUGAAACUCAGGGAGAAGCUUCUUGAUGAUACUGAGGUGGAAAAGGUACAAGAUUCAGAUGUAGCUAGUGAUGUCAAAGAAGAAAUUACAACAACACUCGAGUCUACCGAUGAAGAAUCCUCAGCUGCUGUCGAAGCUUGAUCUUAUGAAUUAUGGCGCACUCGAGCAACCAUGCUGACCAAUGUGAUUUAUGUAUGAUGUAGCUUGACGAAUCGGAAGCAAAAAAUGUUCAACUCAAAUCAACAAGGCUCAUAGAAAUGAUGUAUAUGCCUAAAAUCCUUGUUGGUUGGUUUGAGAUCACAUCAUUCUUACUUGGGGUCAAACAUUGUAAGUUUUGCACAUUUCCCUUGUAAAUUGAACCUUUUUGGGGUAGUUGUCAUACUAUAUAGGCCGAGUCAUAUGGCACAUGUAAGUAACAAAGGGAAAGGAAUGACCGGUUAGGAAGCAAUGGGAAUGGCUUCAUUUCCCAAUAGUUGAGUCAUCACUAAUCACUUGUAAGGAUUUUACCAUGCAAUUUGUAUAAUGGUGGUGGAUGUGUAUUUCAUCAGCAUGUUCAAGCUAAAAUGUGAUAUCAGAAUUUUCAUAAAGCA